AACGAACACACCUCACAAACGAGUUCUUCCUCCACCAUGGCUAUCCUUCUUCCUGCAACUUCAACUCUUUUUCCUCACAACAAGUUGAACCAUGUUCUUAUUUGUCCCAUCGUCCCAAAUACACCAGCACAGAAAAAUAUUAUCCAAAAAGUUAUUGGAAACAGCGACACUCGCAUGCGUCAAGUGCUGACUAAAGCCAAAACUUCGUUAGAGGCAGAAGUACGAGCAAAAGAUUCAGUUACAGCUGAACCCGUUGAUGACGAGAAUGAUUUUGGAGUUGUAAAUCUUCACCAUGUUGGAAUAUUAUGUGAAAACCUUGAGCGAUCACUUGAUUUUUACCAGAACCUUUUGGGUCUCAAGAUAAAUGAAGCAAGACCUCAUGAUAAGCUUCCGUACAGGGGUGCAUGGCUUUGGGUUGGUUCUGAGAUGAUUCACUUGAUGGAACUUCCAAAUCCCGACCCUUUUACAGGUCGGCCUGAGCAUGGGGGACGAGAUCGUCACACUUGCAUUGCCAUUCGCGAUGUCUCGAAGCUAAAAGCUAUUCUCGACAAAGCUGGUAUUCCAUACACCCUUAGUCGCUCAGGAAGACCGGCAAUCUUUACAAGAGACCCGGACACCAACGCUCUGGAAUUCACACAGGUCGAUUGCUGAUGCUUUAUAUCAUAUAUCGGUAUGAAGUAUAAAAUGUUUAUGCAGUUUCUGAAUAUGUUAUCUCCAGAAACUGAUGUGCAUAUUAGGUUAAGGAAAUCUCCAUAGACAACAUGUACUUAUACAGAUUGAUGCAUUCCUAAUAAAGAUUAUAGACCUACAAAUUCUAUAUAAUAAUUGACAGAAAAUUAUCGAUGGC